GUUUCCCCUUGUCCGCUUUUGGACCAGCUUUUGGACUGCGUUUUGAACUUUUGACUGAGCGAAGAUCGAGAACUUCCCUGGGCGUCGGAUUCAACAGCUUGACGUCCCUGCCGCUCAAGUCUAGACUGUCCGCCGUGGCCGCAAUUUCCGAGCGAGUCUCUGACCGGGCAAGUCAGCAACAUGAACGUAUUCACCAGCACUCGAGUCCGUCAGAUGCUCCGCUACGCAGGAUGGGGCGCCCAAGGCGGGUGCCUAAUGUUGCUGAUUCAGCAGUACGUCGCCGAGGUCACAAUGUCAAUAGGACCCUCCAUGCUCCCGACAUUUAACGUAGCCGGCGACUUGGUGGUGGUGGAACACGUGUCACAAUACUUUCGGGCCUUGACGCUAGGCGAUGUUGUUGUAUGCGUGUCCCCAUACGACCCAAGGAGAUCUAUAUGCAAGCGAGUCUUGGGUUUGCCGGGUGACCAUGUCUGCGUAGACCCGACAGUACCAGAACGCAAAUACCUCACGGUCCCAAAAGGCCACAUAUGGAUCCAAGGUGACAAUUACAACAAUUCAACGGACUCGAGGAAGUACGGGCCGGUCCCAAUGGGUUUGUUAAGGGGGAGGGUGCUGUGCAAGGUGUGGCCGGAUUGGGAAUGGAUGAAAAGCGGGGUGCAGGAGGUUUACUCGAGUGCCGUUGCGCGGUGAUAUGGUGGAUGGCAAUCACAAGGAAGGCGAUCUUGACUGGACAUUCCUCGAUGAAAGGGUGGAUGAAAACGGUUGAAGGUUGGACGAUUGAGCCACAGACUAGAUAUUCCGAGAUGAAAGCAGCUUCCAUGGUCGCAAGAUGGAACAUGUCAGACAACACAACGCCGCCCCAGUUCAUCUUCUCGGCAGAGCGGACGGAGGCAUGCCAUCUCAUACUACAUACCUACACUGCUAGGAGUUAGGAUAGGGGCCACUUAUCGUUGGGCCAGAAGGU